GUCGAGAGAUGUACACCCUACUAAUGCAACAUACUGUUAUGCAUUAGUUUCCUUACUAUAGAAAAAUCAUUUUUCGAUUUACUGCCAACAUUUGUGGUCUGGACAGUUAGUCUCCAAUUAUUGGUCCUAAAGGACUGUUUUUUGUUCAAAGGGUUAGAUAAAGCAAAGAGCAAACAAACCUACAAUGAGCCCCCUAAAUUCCACCUCCUUUUUGAACGCGACUAUUGAGCGUCCUGAGUUCUUUUUCAUAACUGGUUUAUCUGGUAUUCCACACACAAAAUACUACUAUGUGUUCUUGUGCCUUGUUUAUGCUGUGUCUGUACUAGGAAACACUUUUGUCAUGUUUGUGAUUUACGCUGACCACUGUCUUCACAGUCCAAAAUACAUUGCAGUGUUUAAUUUGGCUGUGUCUGACUUGUGUGUGAGCACCGCACUUGUUCCUCCAGUGAUUGACACCUUCCUGUUUAAAUCACAGUUAAUCUCUUACGAGGCCUGCUUGACUAAUAUGUUUUUUGUUUUUUGGUUUCUCUUUAUGCAGUCUUUCACUCUUACUGUUAUGUCCUAUGAUAGAUGUGUUGCUAUAUGCUUUCCACUGAGAUACAAUGAGAUUGUGACAAAUAAAUCGAUGUUGGUGAUCACAACCAUAUUUUGGAUUAUUGCAGGAUUGGCCAUUUUCAUAGCUGUGGUUUUUAUCAGCAGACUGUCAUUCUGCAAAUCCAUUGUGAUUAACAGCUUUUUCUGUGAUCAUGGACCCACGUUCCGGUUGGCAUGCAAUGACAACACUCCAAGUGUUGUGAUGAGUUGGUCACAUCCUGUUCUGAUUUUCUGGCUUCCAUUACUGUUCAUAACGGGGACAUACAUUUGUAUAGCCAGAGCGUUAUUGAAAAUUUCAACAGCCUCAGAACGACUCAAAGCCAUGAAAACCUGCACCUCUCAUUUGAUCUUGGUGGGUGUGUAUUAUUUUCCUGUAUGUAUCAUCUAUGGAGCAAUCGGCUCCAUCGUUCACCAUAACGUCAGGAUUAUCAACACAUCUUUGGCGAUGGUCUUGCCACCGAUGUUAAAUCCAAUCAUUUACUCACUGAAGACAGAAGAAUUCACAGAAUCCAUUAAAAAGCAGUACAGAAGAAAGAAGAUACACAUCACUGUAAUGAAUAAAUGAAUAAAUGUUUUAUCCACAAAUGAUUGACUGGUAAGUUGCUCAUUUUUAAACAUGCUCAUUUUUACAGACCGUCCAAUUAACUGUGAACUGUAAGGGCAAUCAGAAAAUUUAAUAAAAUGAAUGGGAACACAGUGAUAGAUAGAGUUGAAUUUACACACUGGACAUUUUACUGUGUGUCCGUCUUUGCGGCAGACUGCAAACAUGUCAAGUUUCAAACAAAGGAAAAUGUGUUUGUAAAUCAAAACACAACUCCUCAUCCUUACUCUGAACUGCAUAUUAUGGCCUGCAUGAACCCCACUGCCACCCCGACCCGAGGUACAUUGAAGUCAAUUACAUGCUGAAAAAAUGCUUUU